AUCCGGUUCCAGCCUUGGAUUUAGGACAGCAGCUCCAGCUGAAGGUUCAACGUAUGCACGAUAUUGAAACAGAGAACCAGAAACUUAGGGAAACUCUAGAGGAAUACAAUAAAGAAUUUGCCGAGGUGAAAAAUCAGGAGGUUACAAUAAAAGCACUUAAAGAGAAAAUCCGAGAAUAUGAACAGACCCUGAAGAACCAAGCGGAGAAUAUAGCCCUUGAAAAAGAACAAAAGUUACAAAAUGAUUUUGCGGAGAAGGAGAGAAAAUUGCAGGAGACACAGAUGUCGACAGCCUCGAAGCUGGAAGAAGCCGAACACAAAGUUCAAGCUUUGCAAACAGCCUUGGAAAAAACCAGAACAGAACUAUUUGAUCUGAAAACAAAAUACGAUGAAGAAACUACUGCAAAGGCUGAUGAAAUCGAGAUGAUCAUGACAGACCUUGAAAGAGCAAAUCAGAGGGCAGAGGUGGCUCAGAGAGAGGCAGAGACCUUAAGGGAGCAGCUCUCGUCAGCUAACAAAUCUCUGCAACUUGCUACGCAGAUCCAGAAGGCACCUGAUGUGGAGCAGGCCAUCGAGGUGCUAACACGGUCCAGCCUGGAAGUAGAACUGGCUGCGAAGGAGCGGGAGAUCGCCCAGCUGGUAGAAGAUGUCCAGAGACUCCAGGGCAGCCUCACCAAGCUGCGGGAGAACUCCAGCAGCCAAAUCUCACAGCUGGAGCAGCAGCUCACCGCCAAGAACAGCACGCUUAAACAACUGGAAGAGAAACUGAAAGGACAGGCUGAUUAUGAAGAGGUUAAGAAAGAAUUAAAUAUAUUGAAAUCCAUGGAGUUUGCACCAUCUGAAAGCUCUGGUGCGCAGGAUGCAUCUAAACCGCUGGAGGUGCUGCUGCUGGAGAAGAACCGCUCCUUGCAGUCGGAGAACGCAACGCUGCGUAUCACAAAUAGUGACCUGAGUGGGUCAGCCAGGAGAAAAGGGAAAGACCAGCCUGAGAGUCAGCGUCCUGCAACCUUGCCGGCCUCCCCUCCUUCUCAGUUGCUCCGCAACGCGGGGGAGCAGGCUUCCAAUACUAAUGGUACACACCAGUUCUCACCAACGGGUUUAAGUCAAGACUUUUUCAGCUCAUCCCUGGCGAGCCCCAGCUUACCCCUGGCCUCCACAGGAAAAUUUGCACUAAACUCUCUCCUCCAGCGACAGCUAAUGCAGUCCUUCUACUCCAAGGCAAUGCAGGAAGCAGGAAGCACAAGCAUGAUUUUUUCAACAGGUCCUUACAGCACAAACUCCAUAUCUUCCCAAAGUCCAUUACAACAAAGUCCGGACGUAAAUGGCAUGGCCCCCUCUCCCAGCCAGUCAGAAAGUGCUGGGAGCAUCUCUGAAGGCGAGGAGAUAGACACGGCCGAAAUUGCACGUCAGGUGAAAGAGCAGUUGAUCAAGCACAAUAUUGGACAGCGGAUAUUUGGACAUUAUGUGUUGGGACUGUCGCAAGGGUCUGUGAGCGAGAUACUAGCCCGGCCAAAGCCAUGGAAUAAACUGACUGUGAGAGGCAAGGAGCCAUUUCAUAAGAUGAAGCAGUUCCUCUCGGACGAGCAGAACAUCUUGGCUCUUCGCAGCAUCCAGGGUAGACAAAGAGGUAAUAUAACCACAAGAAUCCGAACCACAGAGUCUGGCUCUGAUGAAGCCAUCAAAUCCAUUCUCGAACAAGCCAAAAGGGAGCUGCAAGUACAGAAAACAGGUACGCUCUCAUUUUCUGAGCCGGCUCAGCCGCCUUCUGCAUCUAGCAGUGGCAAUUCUGAUGAUGCUAUUCGAUCCAUUCUGCAACAAGCCCGACGCGAAAUGGAGGCACAGCAGGCUGCCCUUGAACCUGCCUUAAAAACACCACCUUUAUCUCAAGCUGACAUUUCUAUCCUGUCCCCCAAACUAGUAUCUACACCUGCAAUGUCUUCGGUUUCCAGCUAUUCUCCUUUGGCCAUAUCCCUGAAGAAACAUUCAUCUGUCACUGAUUCCAGUAUCUCUGCAUUGCAGAACCUCUCUGGGCUCAAAAAGGAGCCUCAGGAGGCACCUGUUCUAGAGCUUCAUGGAAUAAGUGAUUCUGCCCAGGGUAUGUUGAGGCAUGUUAAAAAUGAGUUGGGACGUGGUGGUGUUUGGAAGGACCAUUGGUGGAAUACUGUGCAGCAUGAGAGAAGAAAUACAGCUCUUCCCGAAGACGUAAAAGUUGAGGAAGCCAGUGGUGGAAAAGAAAAGAGUUCUGAAUUGAGCAUGACUGGGGCAAGUCGCAGUGAGACACCACAAAAUAGCCCCCUCCCUUCAUCCCCUAUCGUGUCUUUGUCAAAGCCAUCCAAACCUUCGGUUCCUCCACUGACACCCGAGCAGUAUGAGAUUUAUAUGUACCAGGAGGUGGAUACGAUAGAGCUAACGCGUCAGGUCAAAGAAAAGCUAGCAAAGAAUGGCAUCUGCCAAAGGAUCUUUGGGGAAAAGGUAUUGGGGCUGUCCCAAGGAAGUGUCAGUGACAUGCUCUCCAGGCCAAAGCCAUGGAGUAAAUUGACCCAAAAAGGCCGAGAACCAUUUAUUCGUAUGCAGCUCUGGUUGAAUGGUGAGCUGGGACAGUGUGUCCUGCCUGCACAAGGGCAGCAACAAGGACAAGAAAGCACUCCAAAGACUUCUGCCAGUUGCAGUCCUGCUCCUGAAUCUCCUAUGAGUUCCAGUGAGUCAGUGAAAAGCCUGACUGAAUUGGUACAGCAACCCUGUCCCGCUAUAGAGACAAGUAAGGAUGGUAAAUCCCAAGAAUCUAGCGAGCCACCUGCUUCUGAAUCCCAAUCUACGACACCCUUGCCGCUGUCGGGCCACUCGGCACUCAGCAUUCAAGAACUGGUUGCUAUGUCCCCUGAGCUGGAUACGUAUGGCAUUACGAAAAGGGUCAAAGAAGUGCUAACGGACAACAAUCUUGGUCAGCGUUUGUUUGGGGAGACAAUCCUGGGGCUAACACAAGGCUCUGUCUCAGACCUUCUGGCUCGCCCGAAGCCCUGGCACAAGCUGAGUUUGAAGGGACGAGAACCCUUUGUCCGCAUGCAGCUGUGGCUGAACGAUCCCAACAACGUGGAGAAGCUGAUGGAUAUGAAACGAAUGGAGAAAAAAGCCUACAUGAAACGGCGACACAGCUCGGUUAGCGACAGUCAGUCCUGUGAGUCCUCCUCUGCUGGAAUAGACUACAGCCAGGGAGCCAGCCCGCAGCCACAGCAUCAGCUGAAGAAGCCCCGGGUGGUGCUGGCACCGGAGGAGAAGGAAGCUCUGAAACGAGCCUACCAGCAAAAGCCAUACCCAUCACCAAAAACCAUUGAGGAACUCGCUACACAGCUCAACUUGAAAACCAGCACCGUGAUCAACUGGUUCCACAAUUACAGGUCUCGCAUCCGCCGGGAGCUGUUCAUCGAGGAGAUCCAAGCCGGGAGCCAGAGCCAGGCUGGGUCGAGCGACUCUCCUUCCGCCCGAAGCAGCAGGGCCGCUCACAGCUCCGAGGGAGACAGCUGCGACGGCGUGGACGCAGAAGGCCCGCCUGAAGGAAAGCCGAGUGGCCCGGAGGCGGAUGAGUACAACAAUGCAACCACAAAGUCUCAGGGAGGGCCCGCGGAGUCGGCUUUCGAAGCGGGGGAAGAGGCACUGCAAGGCGCCAGGUCUUCGGAGAAAGCGGAGCCGAUCCAGGCGGAGAGCCUGGAGGACACCGACGACGAGGGCAGGCUCAGAGCACCGCGCCAGAGCUCUCCGCCGGCAUCGCAGCGCCCGGGAGAAGCUCUGGAGACACUGCCAAACUCUGCCACGGAAGGGGAUGCCUCUACCUCAGCUGCCUCCACCUCAGUCCUUACAGGGGAGAGCUCCUACAAGUCAAAAGAAAGUUCAGAGAAAAUCUCCAGUGUGCCAAGUACGAGCUCGACGCCGGCCGCAGGCUCGCAGAAAGCCAACUCUCUCCAGAGCUUGUUCGGCUUCUCGGAGGCGGCGAGCUCCAGGAACACGCGAGACAGCUCCCUGAGGAAAAAGAAAGCGGCGAACUUGAACAACAUCAUCCACCGCUUGGAGAAGGCCGCGAGUCGGGAAGAGGCCGUCGAGUGGGAGUUUUGAGAUUAAACUCGCCCAACUCUGGAGAGCUGGGAAGUGAAACUGGACCUCUACUGGUUUUAUUGUGUUGCGCACUUAACCGCCCUGCGGGCCACAGGGCAAAAACGCCAUAGGCCAAGGUGCAUAUAGAAA